AUGCCUGAAGAUGAGGGCCGAACUUCAAUUUUAGAUUCAUAUCGAGACCAGAUUCGAGUUUAGAAAUCGAGAUCCCAUCUGGCAACAUCUUCAACAAUAAGAUGACCACUAAAAAGUAGAGUCUAUUUAUCAAAUCACAGAACUUAGGCUCCCGAUGCAUGACCACUAGGAAUUUACACACAAAUAUAGGGUGAAGCUGAUGAACUUGAAUACCCAUGACAUGAUGACGAUGAAGAUAGUGCUCAGUUACAAACCUCCAUGUCUAUCUCUAUUCAUUAUUUAGGAGUUCGAGAAUGAGAGUUGUACCGCUAAGCGCCAUGUAUUUUUCGCUUGACACAACGUGCACCGGAAUUUCUUUUCCGUACUUGAAGUCCUGCAGCAUGCGUUUGAUGUUUGCUUUGACUUGUUCACGAUAGGCUUUGCGCUGUCUGUUCAAUUUAUGCGCCGGAUCUUCUGCGACCUCGUCUGCGAAAGGAUCAUCUAGAUCAUCUGCAAAAGGAUCGUCUUGAGAUAGUUGCGAGCCUCCAAGUGCGCCACUUCUACUGGAGUUAUUGACAUUCGCACGACCGGCAGUAGAGGAUGAACUAGAAGAAGAAGCUGCGGCCGCGCGCACAUUGUCAAAAGCUGCCAGCUCAUCUCUUGGAACGUGAUCAGAUUUCGUGGCAACAAAAACAGUUGUGUUCCUUCCGACGUU